AUGAACGCCUCAGCAACAAUCCGUGCCUCAUACAUCCGGCAAACACGCAUGUCCUUUGCGCCACCACCACGCCCCCUCAGCAUUCCCUCCACAAUCAACGAUCUCGCGCCCCGCCCCGCUCAGAGCGAUAAACUAGCAAGCGUACAAGUCAUAAAUCACAUUGAAUACCGCGAACAAUGCUUCUCUGAGCGUACCACUUCACACAUCCACUUUGACCUCGAAAAGAACGCCGACACAGACCAAGCCUAUAUCGACGACCGCUACCUCGAAUUCGAACCGCCGUUCAAGAUCAAACUCAAGAAACUCUUCACCACCUUUCCGUAUCGCGAUCCCAUCUACCUCGUCGCCCUGAUCUUCCUGCUCGGCUCCGUGGACCUGGUGAUGAACGCUUUCUUCGACCUGUUACCGCGCGCCAUCCCAUCUACCGCUUUCGAGACUGAGGAAACAGUCGCGGUACCGACGACGGUGCUUGUUGGCUCGAUCUUCUUCUUCGCAGCGGGUAUUUUGGAUACAUUUGGUGCGCUCAAUGCGGAUGCUGGGACGCUUGUGACGUCGAAGACGGACCCUAAUAGAGUCGUGUUUAAACCUGCGCUACUGGGGUCUGCAGAGUUUCAAUGGUUGCCGUCGAAGAAGAAAGUGCUGGACUUGACGCUGAAUAAUCUCGCGUUUCAGGCGGGGUUGAUUGUGCUGUUUGGGGGUGUGGUUUUCAUGUUUGCGGGCAUUGUCGAUUUCCCUGGUGUUGUGCGAGAGGAAGGGAACCCGUCUUUCGGGUUGAUUGUAUUUGGGCCGCAGGUCAUUCAUGGGGCGUUGUUCUUCGUGGCGAAUGUUAUGUUGGCCGUGUCGGAGCAGGAUAGCUGGUUUCGUCCGAAAUUUUGGGAUGUGGAUUGGCAAGGCGCGUUUCUGAAUGCAGUUGGGGGGUUUGGAUUCAUGGUCGCGGGACUCUUCUUGUUCCAGCGAGACGAGAAGAACGCGGGCGUUGCAGCACUUAUUGGAAGCUGGGCUUUCCUAAUGGGCAGCGCGAGUCGCUUGUGGGUGGUGAUGGAAGUGUGGUAG